AUGGCAGAGAAGGAACCUCAACAAACGGACUCUCUCCCAGACGAAGCCCCUCCACCGAUCAGCGAAAAACCGGUUGACUCGCAAGACGUCUUUCCAGAGGGUGGAAGAAAGGCGUGGCUCACGGUCGCCGGAGCUUCAGCAUGCCUUUUCGUCUCCUUUGGCUGGGUCAAUUGCGUUGGUGUCUUCCAAGAUUACUACCAGACUCAUCAACUCAGAAAUUACUCGCCUUCACAGAUUGCUUGGAUUCCAGCACUACAAAUCUUUUUUAUGCUUUUCAGUGGAACAUUUGUCGGCAAAGUGUUUGACGACUAUGGACCCGCAUAUUUAUUGUUCAUUGGCACUUUCCUCCAUGUCUUCGGCCUAAUGAUGACGAGUAUCUCGAAGAAAUACUACCAAAUCCUGCUCAGCCAGGCCGUGUGUUCUGCGAUUGGAGCCUCGAUGGUCUUUACCCCAGCAUUUACCAGUGUGACGACCUGGUUUAGGGCUAAGCGAGGUGCUGCGCUGGGGCUCGUCGUCGCUGGCUCGUCACUAGGCGGCGUCAUUUUCCCGGUCAUGCUGAUUCAUUUGCUUCCAGAGGUCGGAUUCGGAUGGGCAAUGCGGAUCUGUGCUUUCUUGAUUUUGGCUCUACUAAUUUUCGCCAAUCUGACCGUGCGGUCGCGAAUUGCCCCUACGAAGCGGCCAUUCCAACUGAUGGCGUUUGUCCGACCUCUGAGAGAACCGUCUUUCUCCCUGUUGACUGCUUCAAUUUUCUUCUUUUUCUGGGGCAUGUUUAUUCCUUUUACAUUUAUUGUGGAGGGAGCUCGCUCGCAUGGCAUGUCGCCGCGUCUCUCAAACUAUCUGGUUCCGAUAUUGAAUGGCGCAAGUGUCAUUGGGCGAACUGUCCCAAAUAUCAUUGCCGACAAAGUAGGCCACUUUAACGUCAUGAUUGUUAUGAGUACUUUCACAUCUAUCCUCAUUCUUGCCCUCUGGUUGCCAGCUACUGGAAAUACUCCGAUUAUUCUGUUCGCAGCCCUUUUCGGCAUUGGUUCUGGCGCAGGUAUUGGUCUCACUCCAGCUCUCUGCGCGCAUGUCUCGCCCAUCAAGGAAAUUGGAGUACGCACCGGUACAGUUUUCACUUUCUCAGCCAUUGCAGCUUUGACCGGCUCGCCAAUUGGUGGGCAGAUUAUCAUUGUCAGCCAUGGUUCGUUCAAGGACGCCGCCAUUUUUGGUGGCGUCAGUUGUGCCAUCGGUGCAGCACUUGUCUUUGCGACGAGAGUUUGUCUGGCCGGCUUUAAGAAGACAAAGAUCUGA